CCUCCUCCUCAUCCUCCUCGACGGCCACUCUCUCGCUCUCGCCAUCGUUCUCCUCCCUCCUCCUCCUCUCCCUCCCCUUUCGCCCCCGAUCAUCCUCCUCCCACAAAUUCCCAACCCACCACCAUCGCCAUCGCCGCACAGGUUCGCAUCUCAAACCAAGCCUCGCUAUCUCUCCUCCCCGUCGCCGCUUCCCCGCGAAGCCCAUCGCCGCCGCGGAAUCCGAAGCGCUCGGAGCCGCGGCGGGGAGAAGCGGAGUCCCGGGGCCGCAGCUUCUCCCAGAUUUGGGACAUGGCUGCAGCAAAUCCCAUGACUAAGUUACUCCCUCAUGUCAUUCUUGACUUGGACGGAACACUCUUAAAUACAGAUAGCAUUGUGAAUCAAGUUCUGAAACUAUUUCUUGUCAAGUAUGGGAAGACAUGGGAUAACAAGAAAGCACACAGAAUAAUAGGGAAGACACCUUAUGAAGCCGCAGCUGCUAUUGUUGAAGAUUAUGAACUUCCUUGCUCAACAGAAGAGUGCAUCUCAUUAAUUAAUCCGAUGUUUUCUGAACGAUGGUGCAACAUUAAAGCUCUUCCAGGUGCCAAUCGCUUAAUCAAACAUCUAAGGAGCAAUCAGGUACCGAUGGCUUUGGCCUCAAACUCUCCCAGAUCAAACAUAGAAGUCAAGAUUUCUUUCCAUGAUGGGUGGAAAGAAUCAUUUUCUGCCAUUGUUGGUGGUGACGAAGUUGUAAGGGGGAAGCCAUCACCAGAAAUUUUUCUGGAAGCUGCGAAAAGAAUGAAUGCUGAUCCAUCUAGCUGCCUUGUAAUUGAGGAUUCAUUGCCUGGUAUUACGGCUGGCAAGGCUGCAGGAAUGCAAGUGAUCGCUGUACCGUCUCUGCCAAAACAAGCUGCUCUUUAUAGUUCAGCUGAUGAGGUGAUCCAUUCUUUGCUUGAUCUGCAUCCGGAAAAGUGGGGUUUGCCCUCAUUUGAAGAUUGGAUUGAAGGUACUUUACCAAUUGAACCGUGGUUUAUUGGAGGUCCUGUAAUUAAGGGAUAUGGCCGCGGCUCUAAAGUUCUUGGGAUACCAACAGCUAAUUUACCUGCCGAAAACUUCUCUGAUCUUCUCUGUGAGCAUACCUCGGGAGUGUAUUUUGGUUGGGCUGCGCUAUCAAUGCAUGGUGUCUACAAGAUGGUCAUGAGUAUUGGCUGGAAUCCGUAUUUUGACAACACCGAGAAAACGAUUGAACCAUGGUUGCUUCAUGAAUUCGAAGAGGACUUCUAUGGAGAGGAGCUGCGCCUUGCUAUUGUUGGCUACAUUAGACCUGAGGCGAAUUUUCCUUCACUGGAGAGCUUGAUAGUGAGGAUUCAUGAGGAUCGGAGGAUAGCAGAGAAAGCCCUUGAUCUUCCUGUAUAUGCCGGCUACAAGGAUUCAGCUUAUUUGAGAAGCCCCUUGAAACAGAGCAAUAGUCAUUCAUGAAUAGUGAAUACCAUUGAACUCAAUUAUCUUAACCUUGUAAAGGGCCCUCUCUUCAUAGAUUCUGAAAAAAUUAAAUUUCUUCUGGGGGUUUAAUUGCCCUAUUACACUCUUUGACCUAUGGAUAAUUGUCAUACAAAAAAGGAUACCCUAUUCUCAUGGAACAUGUUUGUAUAUUUUCUUUCGAAGCUAAGCUUCGUAUCUGUUUCUUCUCUCCAUAUGUUUGCUAAAUGCAUAGUGAAUUAUGAUUAUGACAAAGAUUGCGUUUUUA